UUUAAACUUCCCGUAAUGCGCAAAACGCACGCAACACGCAGCCGUUCCGCCCGGUCCCUGUGCACCCUCCCACGCGGCCGCAUCAGGUCCGGAGAUCACAAGUGCUCGGGCCCGCACAGAGCUGCUCGCAGCCCCAGUUAGUAUUUGUCUGACUGAAGAGAUCGCACUGAGCAUCAUCUUGAAACAGGGCGACACCUUAAGGUGAAGCGUUGCUCUCUGCCGCGGUGCAUUGUGGUCCGGACACUGGCCCUGUUGGCUCACAUUCUGUAAAAUGGCGACGUCCCUGGGAUCCAACACCUACAACAGACAGAACUGGGAAGACGCGGAUUUUCCAAUUCUGUGUCAGACAUGUUUAGGAGAAAAUCCUUACAUCCGUAUGACUAAGGAGAAGUAUGGGAAAGAAUGCAAGAUCUGUGCUCGACCCUUCACUGUGUUUCGAUGGUGUCCAGGGACAAGGAUGCGUUUUAAGAAGACAGAGGUCUGUCAGACCUGUAGCAAAAUGAAGAAUGUUUGUCAGACAUGUCUGCUCGACCUGGAAUAUGGUUUGCCUAUCCAGGUCCGAGACACUGGGCUUUCUGUUAAGGAUGAGGUUCCUAAGUCAGAUGUGAACAAAGAGUACUACACUCAGAACAUGGAGAGAGAGAUAGCUAAUUCUGAUGGCACACGGCCGGUGGGCCAGCUAGGUAAGGCUAGCAGCUCCAGUGAUAUGUUGCUGAAACUGGCCCGCACGACACCAUAUUACAAGAGGAACCGGCCACACAUCUGCUCCUUCUGGGUGAAGGGAGAGUGUAAGAGAGGGGAGGAGUGUCCCUAUAGGCAUGAGAAGCCCACAGAUCCUGAUGACCCUCUGGCUGACCAGAACAUAAAAGACCGUUACUACGGUAUCAAUGACCCUGUAGCAGACAAGCUGCUGAAAAGGGCCUCAACCAUGCCACGACUUGACCCACCUGACGACAAGUCAAUCUCCACCCUCUACAUUGGGGGUUUGGGAGAUACUGUCACAGAUGGAGACCUCAAGAGUCACUUUUACCAGUUUGGUGAGAUUCGUACCAUUACCAUCGUCCAGAGGCAGCAAUGUGCCUUCAUCCAGUUUGCCACACGACAGUCUGCUGAAACGGCUGCAGAGAAGUCCUUUAACAAACUGAUCAUUAAUGGACGAAGGCUCACUGUCAAAUGGGGAAGGUCUCAGGCAGCAAGAGGAAAGGAGGGUAUCAAAGAUGGUGUGAGUGAGAUGGGCACCAGACUUGAUCCUGUACCUGGACUGCCUGGAGCUCUUCCUCCACCGCCAGCUUUGGAUGAAGAGGCCCCUGCAAAUUACUUCAACCUGGACCCGAGCACUUCUCCUGCUGUCAUGAACAUAGCUCUGCCCCCACCGCCAGGAAUAAACCCACCUCCCCCAGGUUUCGGGCCUCCAAUGUUUCACCCCAUGGGUCACAUGGCUCCACCUAUGCCCCCUCCAAUGAGCAUGAGACCUCCCGGUCAAAUUCACUACCCCUCCCAAGAUCCUCAGCGCAUGGGUGCCCAUGCAGCACAUGGCUCACGCCAUGGAGAUUAGCUUGCAGUGAAAUCAUACUGUCAUUAGGUUUCAUUCUUUUUCUCCAGUUAACCUGUUUCAGGUGCUUUCAAACAUAAGAGUUCUGACCAAUGUGAUCCACGUUUUUAAAGGACUGAUGUGAUCAGAGCUGUUGUACAUAUGAAAAAUAAACACAUUAGGUAAAACAUG